AGUAAAUCAUUCCAGCUGUGGGAUUUGUACAAGCGGAUCUCCCCUCCCCUCCCCCCUCCCGCUGAUCCUGGGAAUGUAGUUGACCCCUCUCCGAGCUACAAUUCCCACCACCUAUAACAAACUACAGUUCCCAGGAUUUCUUGGGGUGCGUGGGGGGGGGACGUGUUUUAAAUGCAUGAUGCCUUCGCAGCCUUGGAGCUGACUCUUCCUUCAGCAAUUGGCCCGGGCGAGAGGGUCGCGGCUCUCUUGAUGUGACGUGGCUACAAAGAAAAGUUACUUAUUUCGCUCCAGGUAGGGGUAAGUAGGGCCUGAACGCCAGCAUGGAGACCCCCAGUCAGAAGAGGAAUACCCGGAGCGCAGGAGGCUCGACCCCGCUCUCUCCGGCCCGGAUCACCCGCCUGCAGGAGAAGGAGGAACUGCAGGAGCUGAAUGACCGGCUGGCCGUCUACAUCGACAAGGUGCGCUCCCUGGAGUCUGAAAAUGCCGGCCUUCGACUGCGCAUUACCGAGUCGGAGGAGGAGGUGAGCCGCGAAGUCACGGGCAUCAAGGCGGCCUACGAGGCGGAGCUGGCGGAUGCCCGCAAGACGCUGGACUCGGUGGCCAAGGAGAGGGCCCGCCUGCAGCUGGAGCUCAGUAAAGUCCGGGAAGAGUUCAAGGAGCUCAAGGCCAGGAACACCAAAAAGGAAGGGGACCUGCUGGCUGCUCAAGCCCGCCUGAAGGACGUUGAGGCCUUGCUGAAUUCCAAGGAGGCAGCCCUCAGCACUGCCCUGGGGGAGAAGCGCAACCUGGAUAAUGAACUCCGGGAGCUCCGAGGCCAGCUGGCCAAGUUGGAAGCUGCUUUGGCUGAGGUCAAGAAGCAACUUCAGGACGAAAUGUUGCGGCGGGUAGAUGCGGAGAACAGACUCCAGACUCUGAAGGAGGAGCUUGAGUUCCAGAAGAACAUCUACAGCGAGGAGCUUCGCGAGACCAAACGCCGCCAUGAGACCCGCCUGGUGGAGAUUGACAGUGGCCGUCAGCGGGAGUUUGAGAGCAAGCUGGCCGAUGCUUUGCAGGACCUGAGAGGCCAGCAUGACUCUCAGAUCAAGAUGUACAAGGACGAGCUGGAGAAGACAUAUGGCUCCAAGCUAGAAAAUGCCAAGCAGUCAGCCGAAAGGAACAGCAACAUGGCGGGGGCGGCCCAUGAAGAGUUGCAGCAGACCCGUAUCCGCAUUGACAGCCUGUCAGCCCAGCUCAGCCAGCUGCAGAAGCAGCUCUCUGCCAAGGAGGCGAAGGUGCGUGACCUGGAGGACAGUCUUGCUCGGGAGCGGGAGACCAGCCGGCGCAUCCUGGGCGACAAGGAGCGAGAGAUGGCGGAGAUGCGGGCCCGCAUGCAGCAGCAGCUGGACGAGUACCAGGAACUGCUGGACAUCAAGCUGGCCUUGGACAUGGAGAUCCACGCCUAUCGCAAGCUCCUGGAGGGGGAGGAGGAGAGGCUGCGCCUCUCCCCGAGCCCCUCCUCCCAGAAGGGCGGCACCCGGACACGCGUCUCCCACUCGUCAGCCCAAAGCACUUCCAAGAAGCGAAAGCUGGAGGACGGGGAGAGCCGCACUAGCUUUUCCCACCACGCCCGGACCAGUGGCCGUGUGGCCGUGGAAGAGGUCGACCUGGAAGGGAAGUUUGUCCGCCUCAGGAACAAGUCAAAUGAGGACCAGUCCCUGGGAAACUGGCAGAUCAAGCGCCAGAAUGGAGAUGAGGCCCCCAUCUGCUACAGGUUCCCCCCAAAGUUCACCUUGAAAGCUGGCCAGGUGGUUACGAUCUGGGCCUCUGGUGCUGGCGUGUCCCACAACCCUCCCACUGAUAUGGUCUGGAAAAACCAAAGCUCAUGGGGAUCUGGAGACAGCUUGCGCACUGCUCUCCUCACCUCUGCUGGAGAGGAAGUGGCCAUGCGGAAGCUGGUGAGAACUGUGGUCAUCAACGAUGAAGAUGAGGAUGAGGAGGACGAAGAUGGCCUUCACCACCACCGCCACCACCACCAUAGCCACUGCAGCGGCUCUGGUGACCCGGCCGAGUACAACCUGCGUUCCCGCACUGUGCUGUGUGGUUCCUGCGGGCAGCCGGCAGACAAGGGGGCUGGAGGUACCAAUGCUGCGGCCAGCACCAUGUCCUCUGGCUCUUCCUCUUCCAGCCUCACCAUCACGCGUAGCUACCGUGCCGGAGGCACCAGCAUUGGGGAAGGCCUACUCCCUAGGACCUACAUCCUGGGCAAUUCCAGCCCACGCCAUCAGGGUCCUCAAAACUGCAGCAUCAUGUAGACCUUCUCAUGUUCCUUGACAAGCUCACUGCCUGCUAGAUGAAGCGAGUUGCUGCUUACAUGCACAGGAAAAGAUGAUUAAGAAACAUUUUUUACAGCAGGAGUUUAUACUUUAUUAUCAUUAUUACACAUAUACAGAUAUAUAUAUAAAAUGCUAAAGAAGCUUCAGGGUUUUUUUAAGGAAAAAAAUUUCUAUAUCAAAAAAGCUUUAAAUAGAACCAACCAAGCCAAAGAGAUUUGAGUUGUUAUUGCCAAAAAGAGAAAGAAAAAAAUAUUGUACUUAGUAUCUCCUUUAUAUAGGUAUGUGUAGAUAUAGAUAUAUAUAUUUUCCUUGAACACCAAAGAUUUCUGUAUGUAAAAGGAAAAAAACCAACAACAGCCACCAGAGUUAAGGUCCUCUUGGCUAAUAUUCUCCCGUAAGGGCAAACUCUGUGGGACUUUUUGCACUUAACGUCUCCCCGCGGGAUACGAUAAAGAUGGAACAAUGCCCAUAAAGCACUCUUGGCUAGCAGCAGCUGUAACCCACAUGCCUGAGUUUGACCCUUGCAUAGAGUGACACUCAGUUCAGAGUGAACCUUUGUUUACACUGUCAGUGGGAAUGGGAGAGGUUUUUUUAAAAACAACUUUUUCAGUCUGAUUUGGUCCAGAAAUCCCAGACAGGAAAUGUGCCAUGUUUUAAUCCAAUGUAGGUUGUCGAGCUGUUUUAAUUCAUGCUGAUGAGAUCCCUCUGGGUGACAAGGGGACACUCUCGCUAUAAAAUGCAAAGCACCCCUAAAUUGACCAGGAUUAUAAAUCCAGUUUGCCUUAAACACCAACAGUGGCUGAUUCCAGUUUGUGCCCUCUCUCCUCAAAGGUUCAGAAUAAAAGAUCACCCAUGUGAACAAAUGAAAUUUAGAUUAACAUCUGAUGAGUUUAUGCCUUUACAGAAAGAAAUCUAGAUUGAAUUCUCCCAGUCCCCUGGAAAGCUUGUACGCUUUCUCAGACAUAUACUUUUGAUUCACCUCUUGACAGUUUCGGGGGGGGGGGAUAGCAACUUAACACCCAUUUUUGUGCAAGUUUUGUCUUAAAAAUAGAAACUACCUUCUUUUGGAAGAUGAGCAUUUAAGAUGCCCACAUUGUAAGAAAAAGCUGUUGGCAGCUGGGGCUUGGCAGUUGUCUAGUCCAAAAACAAUUCUUUAAAAUGCUCUCUCUCUCAAUGCCCUGCUUUGCUUGAGUUGCAGCUGCUGUUAUCCGUCCCCUUGCCUUCCCACUGCUAUGCUAUAAUAGUCAAUAUAAAUACUGUUGGGUUGACAUUUUAUGUACUGUGUUGUUCUUCAGUGGCACUUUGAGGGCGAAAGGGGUGUGUGCGUGCAUGUCGGGGAGUAGCCAAGGUCUGCCUCGGAAUGGGUGGGAGCCAGAAGCAAAGGAGGAUCUGGCUAUCUGUGCCUACCAGCCAUAAUGACUAUGCUCUGCCUCCACGGUCAGAGGCAGUAGUCCGCUUGCUGGAAACCACAGGGAUGGAAAGUUCUGCUCUUGCGCUAGUGGGACUUGUUUGCGGGCUUCCCACUGAAGCAUCUGGCCGGCUACUGUGACAACAGGAUGGCCUGAUCCAGCAGGCUCUUCUUAGGUUUUAAAGGAUGGCAGAUCUUUGCUGAAGGAUGCUCCACGGAGCCAGUGGUGCCGUUUUGGUGGCCUUCAAGGGCUUAAGGGAGGUGAGGUGAAUGGCCAGGGGGAAAUGUGCCUUCUUGUUUCAGUUCUGGGACCAGUUUUUCUGCAUCUAGGUUUAACUGUGAUGCCCUAGAUGUGCUGCUCAGUUAAAAGCUUCCUAGACAAAGAACCAGGGAGGAUUUUGGGGGGUGGGUUCCCCUCAAGUCCCUGCUGCUUUGGUAGUGAGUUUGGAGCAGGCGCUUCAUAGUCAGAGAAGGCACGUUGCCCAGCAGCAAAGUCUGUCCAAAGUUAAGCCACCCUGCUGAAGCACAGGGGUGGGGUGGGGGGCAAUGACAGCCAUGCGACCUUUGCAGCCUUUGUUUUGAGGAACUUGUUUGUCUCCAGCUAAACCUAGAUAUUCCCCUCACAGUGCUCUGCUGGCACGAUCCUGUUGGUAGCAAUUGCCCUCCCUCCCGGGAGUCUGGCCCAGCAGAGGAUUUAAAAAUGCCUUUGGGGAGCAUUCCCAUUUUCUUCUCUUGCAGCAAACAGUUUGGUCCCCUCAAGUUUCAAGCUCGUGUUAAGUUUGGAAGAUGUAUACAUGCACACGUAUAUAAGAAGCACAUGGAUUGGCUUGUGCUGUGCUCCUAGGUGUGCCUCAGGGGCUCAGUCCAAGGAGAGUGAAGCCUUUUACCAAAAACACGUACCCAAGAGACCUGGGCUCAAGAUGCAGCACGGUUUCAACAAGCCAAAGUCAAGCGCAAAGAAUGAGUCUAGGUGCAAAACUAAAGAUUGGGAAAACCGUCCGACUGCAGGGAGCUCAGCCAGGUGGGGGAAUGAGGAGCAGCCAGAGCCCUCGGUUUCCAGCAAUGAGAAGGAUGGAGGAGGAGGCCUUAUGUGCCUGGCCCCCUAAACAGCACCCCAUCCACAGUGGCUGGCAGUGUAGGAGUCCCGGGUUGCUAACUCAUGCAGAGACUAACAACUCUGGGUUGUAUGCUGUGCUGCUGCGCUUUGGCUUGGACCGGAAGCUUUUGGUGCUGGCGCUCCUGUGGACUUUGGGGGGGGGGACUCCGCCUCUCCGUUGCCAUUUCCAGGGGUUCUUCAUCAGGUACUAACCCAGUGGACCCCUCAAAAGGGAUCCUUAGCAUUAGAUUCAGGGGGAUCUGCCUCAAGGCUCCUCAGAUUCCUUGACCUGGGGGUGUGUGUCUGGUUCCUUCCCUGAGGACUCAGGGGUCUGGCACCAGGUCAGGGCUCAGCAUGACGGCUUGGGUGUUGAACUUGCAUGGAGAUGAAAGUGCCGGAAAUGCCCGCUGGGAGAAAGGCAGGUGGAUUUUUGCCCGGGCCAGCCCCAGCCACAACUGUAGUUCAGCUGUGUGGACUAUAUACCCCAGGGGGCAGCUAGCAUGGGUGCCCCCUAGAUCUUGCGGGAAUACAACUCCCAUCAUCCCAGACCAUCGGCUUUGCUGCCUGGGGCUGAUGGGAGUUGGGAGUCCAACACCACCUGGCGAGCAGCAGGUUGGCUAUCCCUGCUGUACCCUAAAGAAGGCCCUGUUUGAUUGUAAGCUCCUAGAGGGCUGCUGGGUCAGCUGCCUGCAGCAUCCCCAUCCAUAGGGACUGCCAAGAUUGGGUGCUCUUGCUCCAUUCAGCCAGAGCCAGCUGGAGACACACACACCCCGGAUAUCCAUGCAUUUGUUGAACUUGUGUGACCUAGAGAAAUCUAGAGGUUUGGGGGGGCUCUCGCCCCUGGGUUAGUUUUUGCUCUAGGGCCCAGUGCCUGUGUCUCAGUGAGCCCCUCUCACACAUGGAAGGUGAUGCAUUUGUGUGUCUCAGGCAGGGAUCUCCCCUGUACCUUGAACAGCAGCUACUCUCCCUCUGUGGGCCACAGGUGAACUCUUUUUUUAAAAAAAAUCUUAAAAGACAAACAGUUUUUAAAAUGCUCUGUGGUGGAACUAGAGUGAGGAGUGUGUUGGGUGGGGGAAACCUUUUCCACGCACCCACGUAUCCUUGCAUGCUGCUUUGGAAUGCAGACAAAUAGGCUUCCUCAGGGACAGCUGGGCAGCAUUGUUUGCCACUAGCCUGCAGUGCACCCUCUUCAAUUGCAGGUGGCGGCAACGCGACAACCCUGCAUUGUACGUUGCAUCUGUUUUCUUGCCUUAAUGCGGGAGGGGCGCGGUGCAAUAAUCAAACCCUAAACUGAAAAUGUGCCUGCCUGCUGCCCGCCAGUCUCGCUUCUUUCAUUUUUUUCACUGCAAGAGCUGCCAUCCCAUUGCAGCCCCUCCGCAAGUCAUCUCUUUCUCACCCACAUCCACACACCCUUCCUGCAAGGACCGACCACCCAAGACAGUUCUGUAAGGAAGCCACUGCUUUUUGUAGGGAUUUCUUUUUGUGCCAUUGACUUUGGAAGCUGUCGGGGUGGGUCUGCUUUCUGCAGAUCACGCGGCAGUUGCACAAUGUUUCUGUAUUUUCUUAACCCAAUACACUUAAAGAAGUCUACCAAA